UCCCGCCUCUACUCCCCCCAAUAACAAACAAAAAAAAAAAACAAAACAAAUUCUAACAACACUCUUUACAAAAAUGUAUAAGUUUUUGAAAAUGCAUACAGUGUUGUUAAUCAAACAUCAUCAUCAUCAUGACCAUCAUCAAAAGCAUGAUGGUCAGCGACUGUUUCAUCAUUUAUGGAGUUGGCUGUUUGUGUUUAGCUUGCAUCUUGGAUAUUUUGGUGUUGCAGCCACGAAUUUAGCACAAGUAGCUGCAUUGGCCACUGCCACAUCCGCUCAGCAGAUUCUAACAACACAACAAGCCGCCACAAAUCAAUGUUCCUGGCAAUACAAUGGUACCACAUCAGUUAAAUGUAAUUUACGUCUGAUCGAACGUUCGCUGGCAUUGGAUUUACAAGGUGCUGAUGGCUUUAGCCAGCUGGAGAUAAAAUGCAGUGAUUUGUAUUUAUUUGAAUCACAAUUGCCACAAGCCGCCUUUGCCAGACUGCAGACAUUGGAUGAAUUGAAACUGGUUUCUUGUAAACUUUUGCAAUUGCCCAAUAAUGCAUUUGAGGGCUUGAAUACAGUUAAGACUUUAACCAUAACAACCCACAACUCAGAAUGGGGUCCCAGCAAGACUUUGGAAUUAUUUCCCGAUUCUUUAAAUGGUCUCAAGCAGUUAACAGAAUUGGAUUUAGCUGAUAAUAAUUUGAGAGCUUUGCCCUCGGGGUUUUUGUGUCCGGUGGGCAAUUUACAAAUGUUGAAUUUGACUCAUAAUCGCAUUAGGGCUGCUGAAAAUUUGGGUUUUGCUGAUAUGAACUGUAAUGGUGGCAGUGAAUUGCAGAUUUUGGAUGCCAGCUUUAAUGAACUCAGAUCUAUAACAGAAUCUUGGGGCAUUUCCAGGCUAAGACGUUUACAGCACUUGAAUCUGCAGCACAAUAAUAUUUCCGAGUUGUCUGGCGAAUCUUUAGCAGGCCUGUCAUCUUUGCGUAUUGUUAAUCUAAGCAACAACCAUUUGGAAACUCUGCCUGAAGGCCUAUUUGCUGGCUCUAAAGAAUUAAGGGAGAUCCACCUGAAAAACAAUGAAUUAUAUGAACUGCCCAAGGGUCUCUUUCAUCGCCUAGAACAAUUGCUGGUAGUAGAUCUUUCCGGCAAUCAGCUAACCUCCAAUCACAUAGACAACACCACCUUUGCUGGCUUGAUAAGGCUUAUCGAAUUGAAUUUGGCCCAUAAUGCCUUAACACGCAUUGACUAUCGCACUUUUAAAGAACUGUAUUUCUUGCAAAAUCUUAAUCUACGCAACAACUCCAUAGGCCACAUCGAGGAAAACUCCUUCCUGCCUCUGUACAAUCUUCACACCCUCAAUUUGGCGGAAAAUCGUUUGCAUACCUUGGAUGACAAGCUGUUCAAUGGCCUGUAUGUCUUGUCCAAACUAACGCUCAACAAUAAUUUGAUUAGUGUCAUCGAGGCCAAUAUCUUUAAAAACUGCUCGGACCUUAAAGAGCUGGACUUGAGUUCGAAUCAAUUGAAUGAGGUGCCCAAGGCCAUACAGGAUUUAUUUAUGCUGCGCACUUUGGAUUUGGGUGAAAAUCAAAUACGCACCAUAGACAAUGACAGCUUUAAGAAUCUGCAUCAACUAACUGGUUUGCGUAUGAUUGACAAUCAAAUUGGCAAUAUUUCGGUGGGCAUGUUUGCUGAUCUCUCACGCCUUAGCGUGUUAAAUUUGGCCAAAAAUCGCAUACAAAGCAUAGAAAGAGGUUCGUUUGAUAAGAAUUAUGAAUUGGAGGCCAUACGUUUGGAUCGCAAUUUCCUGUCCGAUAUUAAUGGUGUAUUUGCCACUUUAAUGUCUUUGCUGUGGCUGAAUUUGUCGGAAAAUCAUUUGGUUUGGUUUGAUUAUGCCUUUAUACCCUCCAAUCUCAAGUGGCUGGAUAUUCAUGGCAACUAUAUAGAAGCCUUGGGCAACUACUAUAAACUGCAGGAGGAAAUACGUGUCAAGACAUUGGAUGCUAGUCAUAAUCGUAUAACGGAAAUUGGUCCCAUGUCUAUACCCAACACCAUUGAAUUGCUGUUUAUCAAUAAUAAUCUCAUUAACACGAUACACCCCAAUACCUAUGUGGAUAAAGUGAAUUUGGCUAGAGUUGAUCUGUAUGCUAAUGCCAUGACCAAAUUACAGCUACAGCAAUUGAGAGUGGCCCCAGUGGGUCCUCUUAAACAAUUGCCUGAAUUUUAUUUGGGUGGCAAUCCAUUUGAGUGUGAUUGUACCAUGGAUUGGCUGCAGCGCAUUAACAAUUUAACCACCCGACAACAUCCCCGUGUCAUGGAUUUGGCCAAUAUCGAAUGUGUUAUGCCUCAUGCUAGAGGAGCUCCUGUACGUGCUUUGGGCACUCUUAAGCCUCAAGAUUUCCUGUGUCGCUAUGAUUCCCACUGUUUUGCUUUGUGUCAUUGCUGUGACUUUGAUGCCUGUGACUGUGAAAUGACUUGUCCCAACAAUUGUACCUGCUAUCAUGAUCAAAUCUGGUCCACCAAUGUGGUAGACUGUGGCGGCCAACAAACCAUGGAAUUACCCCGACGAGUACCCAUGGAUUCUAGUGUAGUGUAUUUGGAUGGCAAUAAUUUUCCGGUGCUUAAAAACCAUGCCUUCAUAGGACGCAAAAACCUAAAAUCUCUUUACGUCAAUGCCAGCAAGGUGGCCAGCAUACAAAACCGAACCUUUGCUGGUCUCAUUUCGUUGCAGGUUUUGCAUUUGGAAGAUAAUUUAAUGCAAACCUUGCAGGGUUAUGAAUUUGAACAUUUGUCCGCCCUGAAAGAAUUGUAUUUGCACAACAACCUGUUGACCACCAUAGAAAAUGCCACCUUGGCACCAUUGCAAUCACUGGAAGUUUUACGUUUGGAUGGCAAUCGUCUGGUUACAUUGCCCAUAUGGCAAUUGCAGCUGGCACAGUUUAAAGCUUUACGCACAAUCGCCCUGGGGCGUAAUCAUUGGUCAUGUCGUUGUAAAUUUUUGCAAGAGUUGACCUCAUAUGUGGCAGACAAUGCAGUCAUAGUACAAGAUUCCCAGGAUAUUUACUGCAUGGAAGAUGCCACAAGCAGCAGCAGUUAUGCAACUUCUUUAGGCAGUAGUAGCAGCAGCAGUGGUGGUGGUGGUGGUGUUGCCUCAAAUAGCAGAAAACGUGAAUUGGAUUUUAAUGUUACUGCCGCAUGUAGUGAUUAUUAUGCUGGUGGUUCUAUGCUGCAGCAUGGCAUACCAAGAACAUACAUACCAUUAUUGGCAGCUGCUUUGGCAUUAGUUUUCCUACUCAUUGUGGUCAUCAUUAUCUUUGUGUUUCGUGAGUCUUUACGUAUUUGGCUAUUUGCCCAUUAUGGUGUGCGUGUAUUUGGGCCACGUUGUGAAGAAUCUGAGAAGCUGUACGAUGCCAUACUCCUGCACUCAGCCAAGGAUUCGGAAUUUGUGGCACAAUAUUUGGUGGCCGAACUGGAGACAGGACGUCCUCCUUUGCGUAUUUGUUUGCAGCACAGAGAUCUGUCACAUGAUGCUACUCACUACCAAAUACUAGAGGCCUCUAGAGUAUCCCGAAGAGUGGUGAUAUUGUUGACUAGAAAUUUCCUGCAAACAGAAUGGUCUAGAUGUGAGCUGAGACGAGCUAUGCAUGAUGCCUUGCGGGGAAGGCCCCAAAAACUAGUGGUCAUAGAAGAGCCAGAAGCGGUAUUUGAAGCUGAAAAUGAUAUAGAACUUUUGCCUUAUUUGAAGACUUCAGCGGUGCAUCGCAUAAGACGCAGUGAUCGCCAUUUUUGGGAGAAACUACGCUAUGCCUUGCCAGUAGACUAUCGUGCAGGCAACAACUAUACGCUGGAUCAUAAUCACGAACGCAUUAAGCAGCCAGCCAGUCCUGGGAUUUUGUAUAGACCCGCUCCACCGCCUGCCUACUGUCCUGAAGGGGAAGGUGAACAGAACUAUUCCUCGGCCACCACAGCCACACCCUCGCCAAGACCUCAAAGAAGAGGUGAACACUCCAAUACUUUGCAUCAUCCAGCUAAUAGCACCCAUCUACAUCCCAAUGCGGUGCAGCAAGCAGUGCCCCAGUACUACCAUCAUCAAGCAGUUGCCACAGCUGGUUAUGUACAAAGGCCUCCCUCAGAGCACAUUUACUCCAGCAUUGAUUCAGACUACUCAACGCUGGACAAUGAGCAGAUGCUAAUGAUGCCGCCAGCACCGCCCUCACCCUCAACUGUGGCCGCUGCAGUGGGCAUAAAUAGCCUGCAUCGCAAUAUACAUCCUCACCAGCUACAGCAGCAGCAGCAACAACAACAGCAGCAGCAACAGCAUCUGGCAAAUAUGUCGCAAACAUGGCGACCCCAACCAAAUCAAAAACAACGUGUCCUUAGUGCUAUAGAUCCUCAAAUACAACAUCCGGGCACAGCUCAAACAUUGCAGCCUCAAACAACAGCAAACCCUGCAGCCCCCAGCAGCAGCAAUAGCAACAGCAGUAGUAGCAACCAAACAAUACAGCCAGGCCAACAGCAAGGACCUCAUGUGCAGGCAUAUUUAGUGUAAUUUUUCUUUAACAACAAACACACAAACACAAACAAAAACAACACACAUUUUAUAGUCAUAGUGCAAAACAAACAAAACAUAAUUAAUUAAUUAAUAAUAAUAAUUAUAAUAAUUUUUACUAACACAAACAAAAACAUUUUUAAAAACCAACAAAACAAACGUACUGAUUAGAACUGCAAAAACAAAAAUAAAUUUUAAAUGUUUGCUUUAGUUUAGUUAAAAAAAAAAAUUAAAUUUAAAUGAGAAUUGAAAGAGACACUCAAAGAGAGAGUGUAAUGAAGAAGAAGUAAGAGUUAGUGGAUGGUGCAAAUACUUGCUGACUGAGUGUAUGAUUUUUUUUUGUUGUAUUACAAUUUAAGGACUGGUUCCUGUAUUUUAUUUCCUUAUAAUUUUUAAGUUUAUUUUUUAAUUUUAUUUUUUAUUUAGUACGAAAGUGAUAAAACAAAACAAAAUUAUGAUAAAUAUAAAACGAACAUACAAAGUGUAAAAGAGUAUGAUAAUGAAAUAAGCAUAAAUAAAUAAAAGAAUAUGUAAAAUAAAGGAAAAUGUAAAUAGAUGAAAAUUUAAAUGAAAA